AUGGCGCCCAACAUUCCCUCCGCCAAAAUUACACUCUCCUGUCCCUUGUUCGCUGCCGAUUUCGACCCGCGCAAUCACGCCUUUCUUCUUGUUGCGGGCGGCGGCGGCGAAAGUCGCAGUGGCGUCGGAAAUAAAAUUGUUCUUCUGAACGCGUUUAAACGCCACGAACUGAGCGAGGUCGUCGACGUCGAGCUCUCGCGGGAUGAGGAUUCAGUGACCUCGAUGGCUGCGGCGGAGUCAAACGACACCUCCAUAGUCACAUUCGCCGGGAUAAACAGCUCCCUCGCCUUGCAACAGCAAAAUAAAAAUCGGCAUCUACGAUCUUUCCAAAUCGAUUAUCCUCCGCGCCGUACAGGGUCUAAGGAAUCUACAUCCCCCGUGGAGAUUAAACCAGGGCAAACAGUCAAUCUAUCCCAAGAGUCGUUGUUCAGAACAGUUGCUGGGCCAAAGGGGACAACAGAUACGUAUCAGAGAAUCACCCGUUUGUCGCCUUGGAAGGAAGAGGGUGCUACCCGUGUUGCGGCGAUUACGACCGGAUUGGCACCAUCAGGCGAGAUUGUCCUUUUCAAUGCAAACACGAAGGAACCGGGAGAGAGUGAUGUUAUUGGAAGAAUCCGUUUGAACAGUGAUGAGGAGGCGGAAGAUAUUGAUAUUACGGGUCAGGAUGAAGUCGAUGGCACUUUCACGGUGGCAUAUACCAAUGGGCUUGAUGUCUUCACGUGUCGCAUCUCGUCGGAGACUCGAUCGCACGCCGCACCGGAUGUGAAACGUGUGUAUACUCCUCCGGUCAACACAAAGGGCAAGGGGCCACGCGCAAAAUUCCGUGCGCUUCGGUUCCUCUCCCCUACAACGCUAUUGCUUUUGCAGAAUGCGCCGGACCGCAAGGGCUGCGGGCUCAUACUUCUCGAUCUGCGCCCAAAAACAUCAUCCUCUUCUUCGCAAGCCACAAUCAUCCGUCAAUACAAGCUUCGCAAAUCUAUGAAGCUCGGCCUUGGCCUUGAUGCAUGCAACCUCGGCACUAAUUCGGAUGCCCAACAACAAUCAAUAAUCGCAAUCUCUGGCGGCGAUCAAUCCCUCGAGGUCCUAACCGUAGACUUCGAUUCCCGCCGGCAACACCGUUCAAGUGCAGGGUACACUCCUUUCCGAGUUUAUACUACCCUUCGUGAUGUCCACCCCUUCUCAAUGACAAGGAUAUGUUUUUCUCAUUUCGCACCCCCGAGCCCCGUUGCUCCGGAGACACCUCCACAAUACGUCAAGCUCGCCUCGGUGAGCAUGGGCAAUACCGUCGUCGUGCAUACAUUUCCGCUAUCCCCAGUACCACCCUCAAGCCGCAAUCCUCGCUAUGUCCUUGUCCGGCCAGGUGAAUCCGAAUUUUUAACGGGUCUCGCCGGGACUCUCGCCUCCAUCCUCUCCAUUGCGUUGGUUAUAUUCCUUCUCCAAGCUAUCACGGAAAUCCGGGGUGUCAUGCCUCCGUACCUUGGUAUCACGGAACACUUACCGCCGGAUAUUCGGGCCGCUAUUGCAAAGCCAUACAAUCCGCCUCCCUUUCCUCCUCCCACUCCAUCACCAAUCGAAGAAACACCUCAAAGCACAAACGCCGAGCCGGAUGAAUCACAACCUCAACUCCUCCGCGAUAUUAUCCCGGACUCGGAAACAUCCAUUCUCAUAUCCUGCAAUCCAUCGAACAAUGAACUCCUCGUCGAGCCACACACGCCCAAUCCCAACUCUCAGCUUCCGGAAGAAGUCUCGGAAGUAGAGCCAGAUCUAAGCUCACAUAUAACGUCCCACCAUGCUCGUCAGUGGACAGAUCUCUCGACCGAGGACCGCUUGGCAUGGAAAACUCAGCUCAUCAACGCCGGGCUUUGGGAUCCCCAAGAAUACGAAGACGAAGACGAGUCUAUCCUUGAAAGAGUCUUCGUUCGGGAGCCGUGCCCACAAGCUAGUUUCUCUAGCAAAGAUCAAGAGUCAAGCGCUGGUUCGACCGAGGAGUAA